CGCUCCAGUCCGCUUUACGCACAGACCGGACAGUCCGGACCCACGCACGGACACGCGGAGUGGGAGAGGAGAAAUUGCAGAAAGCAGGAGAGAAGCGGCUCCGUGUUCCCUGAACUCUGCUCCGGUGCUCCAUGUCGCUCCCCGGCUCCCCUCCGCUCCUGUCGCCGGGAUCAGGCGCCCCAACUCCGGUCGCGCUCUACCGCUCGGCUCCGGACGCCUCCUCCUCCACCGGCACCUCCAGCCCGGCGCACACCAACUCCCACUCCCACUCCCUGUCCCCGUCCCCACGGCUCACCGGUAGCAUGCUCGGCGCCUUCCUGCCCGGCCCGGGGGGCGCGCUGACCGGUCUGGGGAACGGCGGAGGAGGCGGCGCUGCCCUCGGAGCUCUCUCCGGGCUCGGCUCGCUGAGCUCGGCCGGCCUGACCCCCGGCUCCCCCGGCCUGGCGCAGUCCGGCCCGGGGCUGUGCAGCGAGUGCAGGCUGGUGGAGGUGCACGGAGUGAAGGUGGCCAGCUUCAGCGUGGACGGCCAGGAGCUCAUCUGCCUGCCGCAGGUGUUCGACCUCUUCCUGAAGCACCUGGUGGGGGGGCUGCACACCGUCUACACCAAGCUGAAGCGGCUGGACAUCAGCCCGGUGGUCUGCACCGUGGAGCAGGUCCGCGUCCUGCGGGGGCUCGGAGCCAUCCAGCCCGGAGUGAACCGCUGCAAGCUCAUCUCCAGGAAGGACUUCGAGACGCUGUACCAGGACUGCACCAGCGCCAGCUCUCGUCCAGGCCGUCCUCCGAAGCGAUGCUCUGGAACCGGGAUCCAGGAAAGCCCCAGGCUGCUCCACCCGGGCCUCCCCGGCCUGCUGUCGCCCAGCCUGCUGUCCCACACCGUGGCUGGAGUGUUUAUGAAGGGGUAA